UCACCAUGGCAGCAGCGCACCGCUGGGAUUUCCUCCGCUGUGUUCAGGUGAUAUUAGCGAGCUAAAGAGUCAUAUGUUGUACUAUACUCUGUUGAACGUUAAAUAAAGGAGAUGUCGGAUAUACUGUGUAGGUGGCUGAAUGAGGAGCUCCGGCUGUCAAAAACUGUUGAGCCAAAGACCUUUGCCAAGAAUUUCUCCAAUGGUUAUCUAAUUGGGGAGGUUCUGCAUAAAUAUCAGUUGCAGAACGACUUCAGUAUGUUUAUGAAGAAAGACACGUCCAUCUCCAAACUGAAUAAUUUUACCCGCCUUGAGCCUACUCUCCACUUACUGGGGAUCUCCUUCGACAUAAACACAGCCCAGGAACUGAUGCAGGAGAAGCAAGGUGUUGCUACACGCCUCCUCUACCAACUCUAUGUGUCACUUGAAAAUAAGAAGAAAGCAGAAAUCAGCGGGACAGUGAUGGAAAUUAUGCAGCCUGCAGCCGUUGCUGGCCUGCACAAAAAAGAGCAUGAGAUCUACUCUGAUCGACUGCAUCAGGUGGUGAAACGCGAUGCAGAGCUGAAGCUGCAGAAAAUCUCUCAGCACUAUGAGGAACAAUACCAGCAAUGGAACGAGUGCUGUGUGGUAACCCAUCCCAUCCAGCAAAGGAGACAACUCAAAGUCCAGGAUGAGAAAAGAAUGAAGAAUAUUGAGAAGCUGCAGGUGCGUCGUCAGAAGCACAAUGACAUCAUGACUUAUAAUCAGGCCGCUAUUGUCCAGGUUCCCAAGCCACCGCCCUAUACUUCACAGAUCAACCUUAAGAGGAGACAACAGCAGCAACGCAGAACACAACAAGCACAGUUGGUGCAGAUGCAAAUAGCCCAGUUUGAGACAAACAGGAAGCAACUGAUAACUUAUGGUUUCGCUUCCCCUUCAAGUGGUCAGCCCUACCUUGGAGAUUGUCCCCCUUCUGAGGUCCCUGGAAGUGGAACUAAGCUGAUAUUACAAUCCAAUAGCAAGUAUAUACAUGAUAUCCGACAGAGGCUGGAGGAGAAUGCUGCAGCUCGUGAGCAGAGAGAGAAAAGAAGAGACAGAUUCCUGGUGGAGCAGCUCAAGGCCCAUGAAGCUCAAGAGGAGACACGGCGAGAGGAGCAGCUGGUGAAGCGUCUGACACGUCAGACUCAACAGGAGCAGCGUUUAACAGCUCAGCUCCUCCAGAUACGUAAGCAGAAGGAGGUGAUCCGGGAGAACCGCCUGUUCAGAGAUCAGCAGUGCCAGCAACGGAGAGAGAGGGACUUCCAGGAAGCUCUGGAGAGGGAGGCGGCUUUGGCUCAGCAGGCUAAGUUGGAAGGCGCCGAAGAGAUCAGAAAGGAGCUUGAAUUCUGCAACAGGAUUGCUGCUGAGCGAGCUCAGAGAAGAUACAAGAAGCACUUUACAAGCUGCAAGGACAUUUUGGAGCAAAUUGUAGACUUGGCCACCAAGGUUGGAGAAUAUCGACUGCUCACUGGGAAUCUGAUUCCAGAGAAGCCGAUGAGAGAGUGGAAGGAAUUGCUGUUCAGUGGUCUACCUCUUUAUGAGCCGAUAAAGGGCCAGCAGCCAGGGUUUGAGUUCUCUACCCCACUAGACCCCGUAGAGCUUAAGAAGCAGGAGAUACUCAAAAACCAGGACUAUGAUGAAUACACUAACAUGGUUGGUGAGUGGGCAUGGCCAGAGGAAGCAGGGGAACAAAUUACCCCCACCAACAACAACAUUCUUGGACAUGUUGUCCUGCGACUGAGGAACAUUGUUCAUCCACCCAUCGUGGAACCCUCCUCACCUUCAUUUCCUCACUUUACCCUCAAGGCCUGUGUCCUGGGCAAGUUUUGCUCUGGCAAGACCACCUGCCUGUCCAAGAUUGCUGAAGCCCAUGGCAUCUAUGUCUUAUCAGCCGACAAGCUGAUUCAGGAGGCACUGAAUGCUUACCAGAUUGGAGAGGAGGUUAAAGAGCAGCAGGAAGAAAGAGACAGCGAGCAACUGCUCACAUCCCCCAGAUCCCCCACAUCACUGAAACCUGAUCUUGACACGCAAGAGGAAAGUAGAAACACUAACAUAAGACUGUCUACUCGGGCCAUGCAGGGAGAAGCUGCAGAAAAAGAGCUAAGGAAAGGUAGCAUCCUCCCUAAUGAGCUCUUAGUGGACAUUAUAGUAGAGGCCAUCAGGCAGGUUCCAGCUCAGUCAGGUUGGAUCCUGGAUGGCUUUCCAGUGGACAUCACCCAGGCCCACCUGCUAGAGAAAGCCCUGGGUGGGUCUGUAGAGGUAGAGUAUGACAUUGAAAGCAGCAGGAUGAACCUUGCAGUGGAUCCUAAUCCACCUAGCCCACCACCACCCCCAGCUCCUGUACUGGACCUGGCUCUGCUGCUGGAUAUCCCUGAUGAGUGUGUGGUCAGACGUGCAUUCAGUCAGAUGGAUGCAGAUACUACUGCUGCUAAAACCUCCCAUCCCACAGACAAGAACUUGUACCUGGCGCAGAUUCCACACAGGAUUACAGCUUUUCAGGACACCUGGCCAAAACUAGAGAAAUGGUUUAGUGAAAAGCAAAACAUUUUGAUUCGUGUUGAUGCAGAUGUAGAAGAAGAGGAGCUCUGCAAGAGGGUGGAGUCUGUCCUGCAGGAACUUGUGAUGCAAACACAGGAAGCUCUUGCCACUCCUCCUGUUGCAGAUGUAGUGUUGGACAGUGGGAAAGCUCCAGAUUCCUCCUCUUCAGACACACCUGCACCUGUAGACCAAGCUCCAGUCCUCACAGAUGAAGCCCCUGUCCCCACACACUCCUAUUCCAGCCUUAAUGAGGACAAGGCCCAAAGUGUGACAUCACUUUCCAAAUCCAACACCCAUUCCCCCAGAGAACACUCUAGGAAGGUGUCAGCUUCCUCCGUGAACAAUGAGGACUCUCAGGAAAACCUCAAGAACCCACCACAUUCUGCCUCUCCCUACCCAGGUUCCCCCAGCUGGGUCUAUGUGGAUGAACCCCUUCCUCCAGAGAUCCCAGAGUACCUCUACCCCCAUUGGGACACAGUGACUGAGUCUUAUGUGAACAACAUAAAGACAGUGAUGCAGCAGCUGCGCUCACAACGCAACUUUAUUAACCAUCACCUAUUCAACAUCAGAGAGGAGUACAAGCAUUACCUGGUGCGUCCUGACUUGAAGCAGGAGUUAGUGUCUCAGUGGCAGAAGGACUUCAACAGCAUACCUGAUGAUAUGAGAGAAGACGAGGAUACCAAAGCAGAGCUACAUCUGAGACUGGAUGAACUCCGUGAAAGUUUGUGGGACAUCAGCGACAAGCGUAAGGAGGAGGAUGAGCAAGAGAGGGCUGCUCUCAUGGGCUGGUUGGAGGACCAUAUUGCCAUCCUCAUCAACAACCACUCUAUACUCAUCCAGGUGGAGUUGGAACGGUUCCAUGACACACUCUGUAUUCUCAGGGUCUACUAUUUGAGCAUGUACAGACCGGUGCCACCUGAGCUACCCUCCAACUUUGUCUGUAUCCCCCUACUGGACCCCUCAGAAAUUAAGGAUAAGGACGAGAGUGCUGAACCAGCCGGUAGUCAGGUGGAUGAUGGGGAAGACAAGAGGAAAACUCGUAAAUCACAUACUGACUCAGGAAGGGUCUCCAAGACGACAGACCAGGGUCAGACAGAACCUGCAAAGGUCAUGUCACCCCAGGAGAAACUGAUCUCUGACUACGAGGAGGCACUCACAGCCAUCAGCAAAUUGGUGUCAGCAGAAGCUCACCAGGGGGAGACAAAAGAGCAUAAGGAGAAACUACAAGAUAAGGACAAGGCAAAGGCCUCUGCAAGUGCAAACAAAAAGGAAAAAGGGAAGCAGUCAUCAAAAAAACAGAAAGGCAUGUCUUUUGUAGAACAUUCAGAAAAGCUAUUGAGAGGUCCACCAUCCCCACCUCCGGCACCCAGCCCUCCACUGGCUGAUAAUCCUCAAGAAUCUCAUCAUCAAGAAGUCAAAAACAAAAUACAUAAAGAAUUUGCAGCCGCACUGAAUCACGAGGAAAAUGCAGCAAAGGUGCGUAUUGCGCUGGUGAAAGGUCACGGUCUGGUGACACUGCAGUCCCUGCAAAGCAGAGCUGAACAGACCUUUAGCAGCAUGAAGAAGUGGUUAGAAACACACUAUCUUGCAGAAAUGAAGAGUAUUGACCAACUAUCAGAGGUGGUUCGCCACCACAUAGAGGCUGGUGCUAAGUUGCAGAAUCAGCUGUUAUUGGAAUGUACUGACUUCUUCCUGAAUGGCGACUGCCACAUGGUGGCUAGCCCGGCUCCUCCUCCCCGUCCACCACCACUGGAGAAACCCACAGGGUCCACCCCGACUAUCACUCAGCUCGAGACACUCCACCAACAGCUACGUACUGUUGCUCCAUCAGGCCUCAUGUCCAGUUUUGAGUUCUCCAGUUUGCUCAGGGAUAUCACCUCUCUUAACACAGGCAGAAAAACCUUGCCUGAUCCCUGGAUCGACAAGAAUGAAACACAGUUGAUGGAGAUUGAAUCUCUGCUAACGGACGAGUAUGAACUGAUAGACUGGCGUCGGUUUCUGCUCAGUGCUGCCCUCCCUUGGCCAUUUCCCUCCUUAACACAGCUGCUGGUCGUGCUACAACGUUUCAAGGCGGCAGAUACAGGCUACACAGGCUAUAUAAAUGAGGAACAGUACCUACAAACAGAGUUGUGGUUUUCCAGUGAGACUGUCCCGCCCGUCCCUGAGGACCCCUCUGAGCCUCUACCUUAUGACCGUCUGACUAACCUACGCAAGUUCUUUUUCCAGUUGUUUGCGGACUACUCUUUCUCUCCCCCUCAACUGGACUAUGUGUCCAUGCUGCAGUACUUUGCAGCUGACCCCAACCCCAGACAGGGCUUCAUCAGAGCACUUACUGUAGUUGUGGGACAACAUCUCAAGCACUCCUCACCGGGCCAUCUUGUCGAGUCUAUGCCCAGUAUAGAAGAGGCUACAGACCUCAGCUCCUCAGAAGGAAAGUACAAGGAAGAAGAGACUCCGUAUGCAUCAAGCGGUUCAGAGGGGGAGCAGAAAGUGUCCAUAGCUGCUCUCCUUGCUGUCAUCUGUCACAAAGUCACCAAGAUGAAAGACGACAUACCCCUUCCUCCAGGCUGCCUGAGUCCGGAGGAGCACACUGAGCACUUGGUGCAUGUAUUCAGAGAGCUGGGCUACAACCCCGAGGACUGUGUCCCCUUCUCUGUUCUCUCUGAGCAUCCUUUCAUCCGCGGCCUGAUGGACACCUCAGCACAAUACCACCUUGUCAACAUUCAUAGACUGCUACUGGCCCAUCAGGAUGAAGGAGAGGCUAACAGCUUGACAGUCUCCUAAAGAAUAAGACCUCUGCAGUACAAAUACAUAUUGCUGUUUGCAAAAUAAAUACCUUGUUCACUUAGGAAAUGCAGAAGAUGUUGCUUUGGCCAAUUUUGAAGUAUUAUCAUUACUUUCACAUUUGAAAUGUUUGGUAAAAUGUAUUGCUUACUUCAGUAUUGAAUAAACAGAUUUGCAACCAUAA